AUGCAAGGAUGGCGCCGGGACUCGAGCGAGAAGAGGCCCACCGUCCUCGGUGUCUCCUGCUCAGACCGCGAGAUCUACCUCGGCCUCGCCGCCUCCGCGGCGGUGGCGAUGUACGUCACUUGCAACCAUGCAGACUUCCGCCCUGCCGUGGCGAGCGUUAGUCUGCUCCUGGCAUUUGCCGUGGUUGCAGGCUUAGUCAUGGGCCUGCCGAUCACGUCAGGGACGCUGGCCCGCAUCCUCGAGCUCUGCGUCGUGACAAGCGGCUGCAUACUGCUCGCCAUCCGCAUCUUUUCACAGCUUCGCCGCUUGAUGCUCCCGAAUGAGCCUGCCGGACUACCCCAAUAUAUGUCACCGAGGACGCGGCCUGCUUCGCCGAGGGCGGCAGCGGCUCGGGCGCCCGCCGACUCGGCCUCGUUGAAAGCGCUCAUGACCGACCUGCUCCGAGAGCCGACUCUGCGCUUGUCGGCGCUGGGCGAGUCUCGCGAUACGGAUUCCCCAAGAGCGCCGGCAUGGGCGUCGGGCUCCGCAUCACGGCUUGGUGGCCUGGAGCUCAUGUUCAUGUAA